AAGAUCAUCUCGCUCUCGUCGUUGGUGCUGCUCUCUCGCUCGGUUAUCUUUCACUGUACGGCUCUUUCUCUCUCCCGUACCGAACGAUGGUGGCAGGCUCUUCGGUUCGUCCCGGUUAAGCGUAGGGGCGAGCUUCGAAAAUUUUCAACCGCCAGUCUACUUAGUUCUAAUUUAGUGCUAGUCGAAUUACCAUCGUUUUUACUGCGGACCGUGUGCGUGCGUAUCGCUUGCUAUCCGAACAGGAAGGGUUCUGAAAACGUGGCAAGAACGAGAAAUGAACCUGCUGCAGUACGGAGAUCGUCUAUAAAAUUUUUGAGAAGCUUGAUUUUUCUUUGCUUUGCGAAACAAACGAGAUCGUGUCGGUUUGCUGUAGGUGAAUUUUCCGUCCCGUGAAAACUGUUUGCGAGCGUGUGCGUGCCACAAUACAGGUGCUGGAAGUGCAUCGGAAAUUACGUCCGAUUUUCUUGCGUGGAAUUACAAUUCUUAUCCUAAUUUGCGGCUUUUUCGCAUACAACACGAGGUGCCAAGGUGCGCCUUGUAUGCGAAAUUUGAAUCUCAGUGCAGCGUGCAACGGAGACGAAGCAGCUUCCGUAUGCCAAUACCGGGUGAAACCGAUCGAUCGGGUGAUUUGCGAAGAUUCAACUGAUGCAUUUCGCAUCAAGUGCAAUUCAGCUGUAUUUGCAUAAUCCGGCCCCGGCCAAGUGAACGAGUGUGCGAUAAGAAAUAAAUCAUUAUUACCAAACCCUCGUGCAGGGUGUGUCACCGGAGUUACAAGUGUCGUUAAGGUGAGAAGGUGUGCCGUGGAUCUUAAUAGUGUGCAAAAAAAAAUCCCCCUGCAGUCCGAUCGGAGGUGUGUUGUGCAGGUGGCUUAUUCGUGCGUGCUAGGAAAAUUCAAGGUGUAGUGUGUACUGUGUGUGUGUGCGGUUCGUUUUGAGAGGUUUUGUGGAGAUAAAGGUUAAGUGGCGUCUUUAUCGUGCUGAGUGCCGACUAUCCGUCGGUCAUUGGAAUAGCUGAAUGCACCGGAAGAGUGCAGCGAGGUCGCUGCCUUCAUCAGCGUCACGAUCGACGUGGUCUUCGUCCGCACGGGCGUGCAAUCUGUGCAGUGACAACCGAAUGGGCAGCUGGAGACAGAUGCCGGUGGCCGUCGUCCUACCAGCGAUACCCGACCCAGUGCCAGAAAUGCAAUCAACAGGCCCGCUCUGUCCACUGGCCGGACAUCCGUACAAUGUGGAGGCGGCUAGUGUACCGGAAGUGUCUGGUCCCUGCACAGGAUAUGUGCGACACAGCCGAGGUGCCCCAGUGAACCAGUGUCGUACGGUGGGUGAGCUAAAGUGUUUGGCAAGAAUCACACCACAGCGAAACAGGACAAUGGUGUGGAUAAUGGUGGUACUGUUGACGCUCGUCCAGCUGACGGCCGGUUGUGGACCGGGCCGUGGUAUUGGGGGUCCACGCCGGACCCGUAAGUUGCUACCGCUGGUCUUUAAGCAGCACGUGCCGAAUGUGAGCGAAAAUUCACUCUCCGCCUCCGGUAUGCAGGAGGGUCCGAUUUCGCGCAACGACAGCAAGUUCCGGAGUCUCGAAACCAACUACAACAAGGACAUCAUCUUCAAGGACGAGGAAGGAACAGGGGCGGAUCGUGUUAUGACGCAGCGAUGCAAAGAAAAGCUCAACAUACUGGCCGUCUCGGUGAUGAACCAGUGGCCCGGUUUGCGGCUGAUGGUAACCGAAGGCUGGGACGAGGAUCAUAUGCAUGCGCCCGAAUCCUUACAUUACGAAGGUCGCGCCGUCGACAUCAUGACGUCGGACAAGGAUCGGUCGAAGAUCGGCAUGCUGGCACGGCUUGCCGUCGAGGCCGGCUUUGACUGGGUGUUUUACGAGAGCCGCAAUCACAUCCACUGUUCAGUUAAAUCAGAUUCCUCCCAGUCCAGCCAUACGAGCGGUUGCUUUACCGGUGAUAGUACCGUCCUGACGGAUGCCGGUGUACAUCGGAAGCUGAGUGAACUGCACAUUGGCGAGCGGGUGCAGGCGAUCGAUGCAACCGGCCAGACCGUCUUCAGCGAGGUGCUCAUGUUCAUGGAUCGGGACACACACCAGCGGCGAGAGUUUGUCACGAUCGAGGCCGACGGUGGUUCGUUGCUGAAGGUAACGCCCGCCCAUCUGGUGAUGGUGUGGCGCCGGGAACGGUCCGAGACGCGUUACGUGUUUGCCGACCGGGUACGCGAAGGUGAUCACAUACUGGUGCACGUGGACGGUACGCUCGAACCGCGGCUCGUACGUCGAAUAUCGGCCACCUUGUCCGAGGGUGUGUAUGCGCCACUCACGAGCGAAGGUACGAUCGUGGUCGAUUCGAUAGCUGCGUCCUGCUAUGCACUCAUCGACAGCCAGACGGUGGCCCAUCUUAGCUUUCUACCGUACCGGAUCGCCGAGAAGGUUGGGGCACUGUUCGAGAGGAGUAGUACCGGCGAUGGGCUUAGUUUGCCACGCCACGAAGGUAUCCACUGGUACGCCAAAUCGUUGUACACCAUCAAAGACUAUCUGAUACCGUCGAACUGGUUGUACCAUUGAGCUCCGGCAUUAAGGAGAUACACGUGUGUACAGAUCAACCGGGAAACCCUGUAAAAAGUGUACAUUAGCAUCGACAGCACCAGCAGCUCCCAAGUGCCGGUGGAAUGGGAUCGGCGGGGGGAGGAGGAUUAGGUGAACGAACAAGUCUAAAUUAUUUAUGUUUCAAACUCCAAUCCCCAAAUGACCGGAUAUGGCUCUAUUCAACUGUACAGCAUACACAUACACAUACAAAAAAGGGAAAAUUCCACCCCGAAAAACUUGGGAGUUGGGAAUGAUUCUUCGAGAGUAGGCUAUAAGCGCCACCUGCCUAGCAAAUCUUGUGCGAAUGUUUGUGAAACGCUCCACAUGGAUUCUGUUUUUUAUUCUGUUUUGUUGUUUGGCAUCGUUGAAAUGGUUUCGAGAGCGAGAGAAAUGAUGAGCAGGCGAAAGAUGAAAAGGAUAAAAAAGGCACAAGGAAAGCGUCCUUAAGCGUCCGUCGAAAAGGACGAGCUUCUUUCCUUCUUUUUAGUUAGUUAGUAAGUAGUAGAAAAAAGACAAAGAAAAAGCGUUCCGAGACGCGUGUAGGAAGCGUUUUGCUACAACAGUGUAGAGUGUAAUGUAGUGGUUUAGUUUAGAAACGGUAGCUUAAGAAAACAGACAUGGAAACAAAAACAAGAAAAAGACCAACAGCCAAGUACAGUGUGCAGAGUGUGGCAGAGUAUUAAGGGGGCGUAAUUUAUUACCUUUAUCUUAUAGCUAUGUAUAAACUAUGUAUAUCAUCCUUCGACGCCAUUUGUCGCCGGCAAAAGGUGUGUAAAAUGGGCACGUAACAGAACCAUAUACAAAAGUGGUGACACAGUGGACACACGACACACAUUUGUUAACUUAUUGCCAGCUUACGUUUCGUUUCGUUUGCAAAUGCUACUAAGCUUGUAUGUGUAACACUAUGUUCUCAUGCGUGCCGGGGAGGUUAGUGUGAACCAUUUUUCUUGUCUUAAAUGUUCCGUUUAAGCCAUGAAAGGUAAAAUAAACACAAAAGAAGGGUAUGAGAAAAAUGGCUUUAAUAUUACUGAAAGGAAACAGGGGAGAAGCGAUGAAGAACAAGAGAUGCGUAUGCGAAUGAAUUAUUUAUUAACUAAGUGACGAACGUCUAACAAGUAACGUGCGUGUCAGUGAACCGGAUCGAAAUCAUAACGUGUUGCAUUAUGGCAGAUCCUCGUACGUGCUAUAAAUAAGGAGCGGAAACCGUAAGCAAACCAGAACCCGUGAUAUCUAAUGUUAGAAACUCUCUAAAUACUACCCUUUAUCGUCUGAUUUGUGUUUGUUUUUUUGGAGCUGCUGGAUAAAUAGUGCUUAGCGAAAUGGGACACAACCUACCUUGAAUUAGCUUUCUUUGCGGUUUGCUGGAUGCAAAGCCAAUAGAAAUGACACAAUAUUAUGUGACGCAAACGUCUAACAACGGUAGGCAGCAAACUAAAAUGCAAAAUACCGACCAUCGAGAUGGAAUUAAGUGAAUGCUUGUGGUAGUCACAGGGACGAGGAGCAGAUAAGUAGCGUGAGCACAUUUUAACAGUGAAGAGAAUUUAAUGAAUGAAAUAAAAAAACGGAAAAGCUUCUGUAAAUAGUAACAACUAA